AUGGGCUGUGGAGGAAGCACAAAAAAUAAAAUAGUCCUCGAGAUAGAGACCUGUGGCAUUGAAGAAGUAGAUAGCAUGUUUAUUGGAGCUGCAGAGCCUCUUAAAGCUCUCGAUAAAGCCUACCAUAAGCUUAAAAAACAAAUUAAAAAGUUUAAAAAGGCAACAGGCUGCUAUAUCUUAAAAGACGCCACAUUCACGGAUGCACUGGAAUCAAUGCUAUUUUGCUUUUCCGCCUCAAUAGAUGGUGACUUUAGUAAAAUCGAUCUCCAAGUAACAACAGGAAAGCCAUAUAUUAAAAUAAGCAAGGACGGUCUUAAGCCUGAGCAUUCCCAUGUUGCAGAUGCCUGGGAUCUGAUGCUUGGAGUAUUAGAAGAGUCUAUAAUAAAAGCGCCUCAGCUUUUUGGACAAUUAAGAGAUUUCUGGCUGAAUAUCUUGCAAUUGCAAUCCCAAGCUGAUAAGGCAUUAAAAGGGGUAAAUUUUGUCAACAGAAGUAAAGGGAUGAAAUGCUGCCGAGCAAAUACAAUGAUACUGGCACAGGGUAGUAAGGCUUUUGCUGAUUUCCAAAACACAAUUUCUCAAGUUAAUCAAGAUGCUGGGAGCUUUGCAAAUAAAUGCUGAAGAGAGCAGCAAGAAUUGAUAGAAAAAGUUGGAAAAGAUGCGAAUAAAGAUAAUAUUUAUGAGCCAAAAGAGAUUAUUAAAAAGUUUUGGCCAGAUCAUGGCUCCCCCCUCUGUGAGUGAUGAAAAUAUAUUUGCUCGCUUAAUUUGUUUACUUCCCUCAUUCUAUUGGUGCAAAUAUCUUGGGUAAAUUAAAUCCCCUUUAUAUUGCUGCGAUUUUUUUUAUAAUUUCUAUAUAAAUAACUUUAAUAAUUUAAUAUUGCAAAUUAAAAAAUAAAACUUGAAAUGGAGGAUAUUAUUUAUGCAAAGGAAACAUUUAAAUUUUUUAUAAAUUAAUAAUUAUUUUAUAGUGAAAUUAUAAUUUUUUUAAAAAAUUUAAACUCUUAAAUUAAACCUAUUUUUUCCUCCUUUUUAAAAGAAGGGGAGUUAGAAAUUUUAAGAGCCUUUGCCAGUUUUUUAAAUUUUAAACCAAUUCUAAAAUAUAUGAAAGUAAAGAUUUAAUACAAUUUAUAAAAAUUAUAGUUAAAAAUUUAGCAAGGUUAUCUAGAGGUUCUAUUGUAAUAGAUAAUAGUUUAUAUAUAAUAUUUUUCCAUAAAAAUUCUUUUCCUUCAUUCACUGAAGCAGUUCCUAAAUAAUAGGAAUUUUCCUAAUGACUUUGCUCUCUAGCUGAAGGGAAGUAAGAGAGUUGACCUUUCUUUGGAUAAACCUCCAAAGCAAAAAAAAUAG